GCAGUUGUAUUUGUGGGAAGUUGGCAGCUGGCGGCUCACGGCGAAAGGCUUUCCUCUCUCCCCCGGCGCUUGGACAGUGGAAUUAUGAGCAGAGCUGACCCUGCCUACAUCACCCUGUCUUGAAUCUGUGUCUGUUUUCACACCGCGAGAAACUGAACCAUGGAGAUUGGAGUCCGCAUCCUCUUGGCUUUCCUCGUCCCCCAGGUCGCUCGUGUGGGCGGCCAAGAGGAUGGAAGCCUCGACGGCUGUGUACCUGGCUUCCAGGUCAAACACUAUCAGGUGGCGUUCAGCGGAGCUUUCCAGAGAGGCCAGGCGCUUCUACAAGUUGAGUUUGAUGACUGUGCGGGGAAUGAGGACGUGAAAUUUGAAGUGUCAGACCCCAGAUUCCUCGUGGACGGAGAUCUGAAUCUGGUUCCUCAGAGAGACGUUCUGUACAGCAGACCAGUCCUGUUCAUCCAUGGGCUCAGUGCACGUGCAGAUGACACGGCACAGGUGGAAGUCACUGGACUGCCGGAUCAGUCGCCUCACACUCUCAGGGAUAUCCUGGGUUUUGGCCAGAUGCUGCCGUUCAGAUCUAAGAGAUCCCUGUUGGUCCCUCCUAUGAUCGUAACUGAGAACCAGAGAGCCCCUUUCCCCAGGAUCAUUGGCAAGUCUCAUGUGAUUUCAACAGAGAAGUCAGGGGAUCAUAUCUUCCGUCUGACAGGCCCGGGCGCUGACCAGGAUCCCAAAGGUCUCUUCACCAUCGACAUAGACACAGGAGACGUGUCAGUCAGCCGCUCACUGGACCGGGAGGCCAUUGACUCCUACCAGCUGGAAGUCUCAACCACAGACUUCUCUGGAAACCUUGUUGAGGGACCGGUCAUGCUAGUGAUCACCGUCAUCGACCAAAAUGACAACCGGCCCAUCUUCAAAGAGACGCGCUACACAGGAGAGGUGCUUGAGGGAUCCCCUACAGGAACCACAGUGAUGACAAUGACGGCGUUUGACGCAGAUGACCCCUCCACAGAUAAUGCAGCAUUGCGUUACAACAUCAUCAGGCAGUCGCCAGACAAGCCUUCCCCUAACAUGUUCUACAUCGAUGCAGAAAGAGGCGACAUUGUCACCGUCAUCUCCGACAAGUUACUUGACAGAGAGACACUGCCGACCACAACAUAUGAGUUAGAGAUUGUGGCCAAGGACAUGGCAGGAAGUGAGGUGGGCCUAACAGGAACAGCCACAGCUACCAUUACCAUCACAGACAAGAAUGACCAUGCCCCUGAGUUCACGCAUCCGCUGUUUGAGGCGUAUGUGUACGAAGGCUCGACGGGUGUGGUGGUCAACCUGACGGUAGAUGACAGGGACGACCCAGACACGGGGGCGUGGAGAGCGAUAUACUCCAUAAUUAAUGGAGAUCCUACGUUGAGCUUUGAGAUCCAAACCAACCCGGACAAUAAUGAGGGAAUGUUGUCUGUUGUCAAGCCGUUAGACUACGAGGCCACAGCGUUCCACACACUACUCAUCAAAGUGGAGAACGAGGAUGCUCUGGUUGCUGAUGUUGGCUAUGGCCCCAGCUCCACAGCCACAGUCCACGUCACAGUCCUGGACAUCAACGAGGGCCCCGUCUUUUACCCCGACCCCCUGACGGUCACCAGGAUGGAAAACAUCCCUUUGGGCAGUUUUGUGGCCUCUCUCAAUGCCACAGAUCCAGAUAUAUUACAGAUACAGAGCAUCAGGUAUGCUGUUCUGCGAGACCCAGCAGGCUGGCUGAGUGUGAACCCAGUAAAAGGAAUUGUCAACACGUCAGCCCCACUGGACCGUGAGUCUCCGUUUGUCCAUGACAAUAAAUACACAGCGGUCUUCAUCGCCACAGAUAAUGGUGAGUCGCAGACACUGUAUGAAAAUGCCAGAGGAUGA